UGGCCGUAUGAUGCACUGAUCCUUCAAGUAUAAAUAACUAUCUCUUUCACUCAAAAUAUCACAAGCUUAAUUGGCAUCUAAAGCUCUCUCUCAGCAUUCUUAUUUCCAUACCUUUAACUUCAAUGGCAUCCAUAAGAAUAUACGCUAGCAUUCUCGUAGUUAUCAGCCUUUUGAGUCUGGGAUCCUCUGAGACGGGGAUUGGAACCAUCAAUGACCCUCCAUACUUACCAUCAGCUUGUUAUGGGUUUCAAGAUCAAGGAGUUAUGAUAGCGGCUGCAAACCAAGAUUUGUGGCAAGGUGGAGCUGCUUGUGGUAAAUACUUCCAGGUGACUUGCACAGGUGCAACCAACCAAGGCGUACCACACCCUUGUACGGACUCCCCCACAGUGACUGUAAUGAUCACCGAUUUCUGCCCGCCUCCUGGUUGCAAGGGGGACCUUGACUUGUCACACGAAGCCUUUUCUACCAUCGCUGAUCCAAGAGCUGGAGGCAUCAAAAUCUCUUACCAACAGGUAUGAAGAUGAAGUAUCACCGAGUUUGCAUCCAUUCAAAGAAGAUCUUUAAUAACUCUACUGGCCGGGAUCUAGAGGCAUUUCCAAUCAUAUCAUUUUUUUAAUUAGCUUUCAUUUUGCAUUGAUGUCUAGUGUAUCUUCUUUUUGUACUACGUUAGUUGGUACACCAUGAAUCCAAGGGCAUCUUCACAAAUCGCAACUAUAAAUCUUGACCACCACU